AUGGGUAACACCGACUCCAGGAUUAUCAGUAGCAGUGGCAGCAGUGGAAGCGGAGGACCUGUUAGACCAACUCCGGAUGAUUAUGACAAGAGAAGACUUACCAAUUUGUACAAUACUCCUGUGGAGAGUGCGCAAGUCUUUAAGAGAAAGUUGCUCACCGGAGGCUCUUUACCUUUCGUUUAUCAUGAAGGUAUCCGCAUCACCAUUAAUUCCGGGGCGGAGUAUCUAAUCCAUAGCACUGAUGCAAGUGGAGCUCAGGUCGUUACUGAGGCAAGACACAUGUCUAAUAAUUGGGACCCUGUCGGGGAGGUUCUUGUUCCAAGGGGCAAUCAAACUGUUGGUGACCUCAUGAAAACUGCUAGACGAGAUGGAGGAUACAUUCUUCCUAUCAAGUUCAUUGCAAGCAUGGACGAAAACGAGGGUCAAGAUCAGGCAACCACAACGCCUGAGGCAAUAGAAACGACCACCUCCGUCGAGCCCGCAGACGCCGGUCUCGAUGUACCUUCACCUGAAAAAGAAGAGGUCACCGCUCAAGAAGAAGCAAUUGAACAGAUAGCUGCCCAACAAUCCCCCGCAACUGAGCACAGCGCUGACACCCCUACAACAGCUGUUGACGAACAGUCAAGUGAUGAUACUGAUCAGAAUGUAAUCGAGCAAUCAGAGGCCAUUACUACUUCGACCGUAACAGAGAUCCAAACUGUAAUAACGUCUGCCGCAGAAUCCUUUACGAAUGCAGAAGAACCGGUGGUAAAUGAUAUUGCUGGGGCCAGCUCCGAACCUGCCACAGGGACUGAAAACUCAAUUGAACUCUUAUCUCAAGCCACAGAUCCAACUACAGCUCAAGCUCAAACAGCCUUAUCCCAAACUCAACCCGAUUUAGUACAACCACAAUCUUUGGCACCAAACCCUCAAACACCAGUUCUUCCUCAAGGUGGCGGCGAUCAAGCCCCAAUGCAUACAACGGUUACUAUGCCAGCACAGCAACCAACAGCAAUGUCCGAACAGCAAGUUCAAUCAGACGCCCAACAGCCGAUUGAUUAUAAAGCGGUUCCGCCCCCGCCUUCACUGACAUCAAAUUCUGACGAGGCACAGUUUAACGAUGCGAUGGCUAGGGUUAGAGCAAUAGCUGCCAAAUUACAGCAACAACAACAGACUACACCGUCGACAACGACUACUGUAGCAAGUGCUGCUGAGACUCCUUCUCCAAGCAAUAGCCAUAGUCAUGGUAGUAAUCAGGGGGUUAAGCGUCCUCAUGACGAUAGCUAUGUGUCCCAUAGUUCAAGAGAUAAACGAGAUGAUCAUCGCGAAGAUUAUAGGAGAGACUCACACAGCCGGCGUGAGAGAAAUCGAUAUGAUGAUUAUGGUCGCGAGUCUAAGAGAGCUACUUAUGAUAGCGGAUCAUCUCGUUCUGAUUAUGAAAGCGGAAGUAGGCACCGAUACGGUCUUGGAAGUGAGGAACGUCAUAGACAACAUGGAUCUCAUUAUGGUCCUGGAGACUCAUUACGUUCAGGGCACAUUCUCGAGGAAUUCUCCGUGCCUAACGUGGUUGUAGGAUUGGUCAUUGGACGAGGGGGGGAAAAUCUAAAAAGGAUAGAAAAGACUACAGGAGCGAGAGUUCAAUUUUCACAAGAUCAACCUCCUGACUGUAUUGAUAGACGUGUAUCUAUAUCUGGUCCGCCGGAAGAAGUUAGAAGUGCACGCUCAAUGAUUCGAUCUCUAGUAGACGAUGCUCUCGCCAGCCAAGCAAAUCGUCGUGGUGAUUAUGGGCCUAGUCGUGCUACUGUUACUAUUCAUAUUCCAAGCAGUAAAGUUGGAGUUGUAAUAGGCCGUGGUGGUGAAACAAUACGUGAUUUGCAAGAUAGAAGUGGAGCAAGAAUAAAUGUUACUCCAGAUAAUGCUGCUAAUCCUCAAUCUACAGAUCGUCCGGUGACUUUGAUCGGUGAUGAUGCUGCAAUACAGAGAGCGAAAGCGUUGAUUGAUGAAAUUAUUAAAGGAGGGGACGCUGCCCUGGAUAGGCCAAACCCUAAAGAAUAUACCAGCUCCAGUUAUGCCGGUAGUAUGUAUGGCGGUGAGAGUCACGGAAGCAGCUACAACGAGAGUCACUAUGGUUCGGGAAGUCAAUAUGGAGGAACUGGAGGAACCGGAGGAACUGGAGGAAAGUCUUCUCAGGAGAAGAUAACUAUUCAAGUGCCGAACGAUACGGUCGGAUUGAUAAUUGGGAAGGGUGGUGAGACAGUUAAGACGCUUCAACAGCAAUCAGGAGCUAAGAUUCAAAUAGAACCUGACCAUGGACCACCGACAGCAGAUAGAAAUGUACACAUAAUCGGGACAUCUGAGACUGUUGCUAUUGCGAAAUCUUUAAUUCUUGAAAAAGCUGCGUCUGGAAAUAGCGGGAGUGGGUAUCAACAGAGCGGAUAUCAACAAUCAGGAAGCUAUUCGCAGCAGAGCGGCAGCUAUCAGCAAACGAGUGGGUAUCAGCAGAAUAGCAAUUAUCCACAGACGAGUGGAUACCAACAACAAAGCAAUUAUCCACAGAGCAGCAACUAUCAGCAGGGUACUGGAUAUCAACAAACUAGUUAUACACAAAAUAGUUAUCCGAUGCAGACGUCGCAGCAGAAUACUUACGGACAAACCAAUACAAGUAGUGGUGAUUACAACCCAUCGGCAUCUAGUGGUUAUACAGCUACAACAUACGCGUCCUCUGGAGUGCAACCGUCAACUAAUUAUAGUCAAUAUAGUGGUUACGGUCAGACUCCAACUACUUAUGGUCAAUAUCAAACACAACCACAGUAUAGCUCAUAUCCACAACAAUCACAAUAUGGUCAACAACAACAACCAGCAGUUGGACAGACUGCUGCACAGCCAAUGGGACAACCUGCAACUACAGGGCAACCAGUUAGUCAGAUAAUAAGUCAGCCACUGACUCAGUCUCAAGCUCCGUUCGCUAAGACAGGUUAUUAUCCAACUCAACCAACACCCGCAGAUUCUAAUAAACCCCAAGGAACUGAAGUCAAACAAGAUACAUCGACAGUAUCCGCAGCGCCACAAUAUGGGUAUCAACAAUAUCAGUAUAAUUACGGCGCAACCCAGUCAGCAGCAUCUCAGUAUCCAAGCAUAGCUAACCAGCCAGUCUCUACGGCUCAAGGCACUUAUUCAACAUCGACCACAUCAUAUACACCGGCCGCGACAACCAUGCACGCAGCGUCCAACACACAGGGUACUGGGGAUCAAACAUCUCCACAACCGACGUAUUCAGUUGGUGUAUUAGCUGGAGGAGGUCUGCUGACAAACUCUGGCCUUCCUCAAAGAAAUAGUUAUAAUUUAAAAACCAAGACUGUCGGCGGAAAUCGCGAGCAUGUUGCAACAAAGCCAGAGAUAACGGCACCAUGA